AAAAAAAAAAAAAAAAAUCAAAUGACUAACCACUUAGUAUCAUUUAAAAUAGGAUAGCUCCAAAAAGGACCUAAUCAAACUUAAGUCUCCUAUCAUGCUGGAUGCUGCACAAAUGCAUUAAUAGACGUGAUCCCUGCACCAAAAAGCUUAUCCUCUGCUCCUGCUUUUCAGGUUGGCUGCCUCUCUAUUUUGCGAGCCUAGGGCUAUGUUACAUCUUGAUCUUCAGUAGCAUGUUUUUCUUUCACUGGAAGAAAGUCGUCCAGCGGGAGCAACGUGCAAAAGCGUGGGUUGAACUGAUGAGGAGCGAAACAUUCUUCACCAAUGCAGUAGUUCACUGGGCUAACAAGAAAGCUCAUUAUGGGAUUAAAGCAGAGGUAUGCACUCCUGAGUCCAGUGCUAGCCCAAAGCAAAAUGGCAAAAGCUUUGACAGAGAGACCACCACAGGCAGGGAUGGAGCUUUCUUCCCUUCCCUCACAGGUUCAUACAAACUGGUGUUUCAGGAACUGCCAUGGGCUUGUUCACUCUCCAGCCUGCCACCACUUCUCCAUCAUUCAACCUCUUAUCCUUUUUCAGCCAUUCCGUCAAGGAUUGUUCCAUUCAGCUCUCUUCCUGACCUCGUUACAUUAGGAAAUGUGAGAUGCCACCUCAGUAAUGGCAACUCUGCUUGUGAGAUAUAACUCAUGACAGACCCAC